AUGUCCUCUGAAGACAUCGCGGAAGAAAUACGAACCAGCUUCCCUGGUACAGAGGAAGUGAUCGUGCAGUACUUGGCUGGCUAUCUGGUCGAUGAUGCUGGUGAAGAGGAGGAUGUCCUUCAGAUUGCACACGAAAUUCUCAAAUCCGUGGCGGGCGACCGUGACGAUGUGCUAGAAAAGCUCAUGGUCAGACUCGGGGACAUUCUAGAAGAUCAGCUCAAUGCUCGCCUGAAGAAUAAAUCGCGUCCGAAGCUGCAGAAACUCGACAAGGUCAUGGACUUGAGCAAAUCCCAGAUUUCGAACACCAUCGCGUUGGGAGAAGGCGUGGAUUUGGAGUCCAUCAACAAGGGAAAAGCUUCACGAGUCGAUGUAAAGAAACUCGAGAAACAAGAAGCGAAAUUGAAGGCAAAGAUAGAGAAACGAUCGCGAAGGGAUCUGUACGAGGGCUCCAAGUUGCUCGAUGCUCAUCGAAGACAGCAAACGUACGAGGAGAUGUUCAUGAAAAUCAAUCCACUCGAAGCAAGCGCUGCUUCGAAGAACAAGAGCAAAGACAUUCACCUUCCUUCCAUCGACGUCAACUUUGGCUCGAAUCGCAUUCUGUCUGGUGCUACUCUCACUCUGGCACACGGCCGUCGAUAUGGCCUAAUUGGCCGCAACGGUGUUGGAAAAUCUACGCUUCUCCGGCAGAUAGCCAUGAGAGAACUUCCCAUCCCAGCUCAUAUCACCAUCCUUUUCGUUGAACAGGAAGUCGUCGGGGACGAUACAAGUGCCAUCGACUCUGUCUUGAAGGCCGACGUGUGGCGUGAUCACCUCAUGAAGGAGCAAGCGCUUCUGGAUUCGCAACUGGCAGAAUUGGAAUCGGAAGGUGACGACAAGCGGUUUGAGGAUGCCCGAGAAGACUUGUCCUCGAGAUUGGCCGAAGUACAUGCUCGCCUUUCGGAAAUGGAUGCGGAAAGUGGGCCGUCGCGUGCAGCUGCAUUGCUCGCAGGUCUUGGGUUCGAUGAAUCAGACCAACAAAAACCUACGAAGUCAUUCAGUGGUGGAUGGAGGAUGCGGUUGGCUCUGGCUCGCGCCCUGUUCGUGAAGCCUGCCCUUUUGUUACUGGACGAACCGUCCAAUCACAUCGAUCUAAAUGCAUUGGCGUGGCUGGAAGACUACCUACAAACUUGGCCCGGUACCCUCCUUGUUGUGUCUCAUGAUCGUGCAUUUUUAGAUGCUGUGGCGACGGACAUAGUGCAUCAGCACUCAGGACGACUCGAUUACUACAAGGGGAACUUUACGCAGUUCUACUCUACCAAGUCUGAACGAGAUAAAAAUAUGAAGAAAGAAUACGAAACUCAAAUGGAAUAUCGGAAACAUCUACAGGCCUUUAUCGACCGAUGGAGAUACAACGCUAACCGCGCCGCCCAAGCGCAAAUGAAGAUCAAGAUUCUAGAAAAGUUGCCUGAUCUUCAACCUCCUGAGGAAGCAGAAACGGAGCAAUUUAGAUUCCCCGAAACAGAGAAAAUUUCUCCGCCGCUGUUGCAGAUGAACGACAUCACUUUCGGAUACACGCCAGACAAGAUUCUGCUGAAAGGCGUCAACUUUGAUGUUGGUCUUGACUCGAGAAUUGCUAUGGUGGGCGCCAACGGCGCUGGAAAGUCAACUGUAAUUAAACUGCUUACUGGGGAGCUUACUCCUCUCUCUGGCCAUGUUACCCGUAAUGGUCGCCUACGAGUUGGUUACUUUGCUCAGCAUCACGUCGACACUCUCAUACCUACAAUGAGUCCCGUUCAAUUCCUUGCGUCAAGGUUUCCUGGGAGGAGUGAGCAAGAAUACCGUUCACACCUCGGAAACUUCCAAAUCAGUGGCAUGACUGGGCUUCAAUCUAUUGGUACGCUGAGUGGAGGUCAAAAGUCUCGCGUUGCGUUUGCAUUGUUGUCACUACAAAAGCCACAUGUUUUACUCCUCGACGAGCCUACGAAUCAUCUUGAUAUCGAGGGUCUUGACGCACUGAUGCUGGCCCUACAAAAGUGGAAUGGGGGCGUCAUCAUUAUUUCGCACGACGAGCGAUUCAUCACCACAGUUGCCAAAGAGCUAUGGGUUUGUGGAGAUGGAACUGUGAAGGGCUUCAAGGGAGAUGUGCAGAGUUACAAGAGCCUCAUUGUCAGCAACAUAAAAAUGAAGCCAUAG